GCGUCCGGCCAGAGUGGGACGGAGCCCUCGGUUGGCGGCUGCUACCUGGGCCGCCUCCUACCGGGCAGGAGCGCGGAAGGAGGGGCAUUGGGCCUCUCCGCUAGCGAGCUUUGGGGGUUGCGGCGGGUCAGCGACAGGCGCGCAUUCGGCCAGCGCCUGUGCAGCUUUGCUUGGGAAGACUCGAACUGGCGCCGGAAAUUUUACGAAGACGUGAUUUUCAAAGCUAAUUAUGAAAACAUUUGUCGUGGGAAUCAGUGGUGUGACAAAUGGCGGGAAGACAACGCUGGCUAAGAAUUUGCAGAAACACCUCCCAAACUGCAGUAUCGUAUCUCAGGAUGAUUUCUUUAAGCCAGAGUCUGAGAUAGAGAUAGACGCAAAUGGAUUUCUGCAGUAUGACGUGCUUGAAGCGCUCAAUAUGGAAAAAAUGAUGUCCACCAUUUCCUGCUGGAUGGAAAGCCAAGGACAGUCCCUGGCAUCAACAGACUCUGGAAGUGCCGAGGAAAUUCCCAUAUUGAUCGUCGAAGGCUUCCUUCUCUUUAAUUAUAAGCCCCUCGACACACUAUGGAACAGAAGCUACUUUCUGACCAUUCCGUAUGAAGAAUGUAAGAGGAGGAGGAGUAUAAAGUUUCCUGUGUGUUUUGAUAGUACGAGAGUCUACGAGCCUCCAGACACCCCAGGGUACUUUGAUGGCCACGUGUGGCCCAUGUAUCUAAAGCACAGACGAGAAAUGGCGAAGAUCACGUGGGAGAUUGUUUACCUAGAUGGAACAAAAUCUGCAGAGGACCUCUUUAAAGAAGUGUAUGAAGAUCUAAUACAAGAACUAGCAAAGCAAAAGGGUUUGCACGUGACAACGUAAAGAUGGAGUGCACUGAACCCUUCGGGGGAUGGAUUAGGAAACUCGAAGGCCUCUGUUUAAGAACCUGCACGAAGAUACAAUAUGUACUUUGGUAUGAUGACAGCUGUAGUUCGUUCGUUUGUGUUACCACAUAUGAUUUCCGCCACGUGAGGAACAGUAAAUAGGGAUCCGUGCCACUGGACAGGAAUGUACCUUGAUGAGUUGUUCUCGCUCCAAGGAGUGCAGAGAUACAGCAUUAGCUCACUAAGGAGUCAGUUCCUCUAGACCAAUGAUCGUCAAACUUUUCCAAAUAGGACCAAGUACGAAAUAAGGUUUACAUCACAAUCCAGUAGAGAUGUAAUCCAUUAUGUUUGUGUGUGUCUGUGUGUGUGUAGGGAUAUAUGUGUGCAAUGUGUGUAUAGAGAUACACACACAUACAAGGAUCACAAAGGAUUUACCUAAAGCAUGCUGAUAUUUUUCUAUUUUUAAUUUUUUUAUAAUCUUCAUUACCAUCCAGUAUCGAUUCUAUUUCCUGCAAAUGAAGCCUUUACCAGGAGUAGCAGUCACAUUGAGCGAAUCAACAAUUUGCUGCAAUGUCUUUUUUGUGUGGGUUCUGUCGCUGUGGCUGCUUUUCCUGUUCUUGCAUAUGUGUAAAACCACUGGGUCGUUGUGUCUCUUGUGUUGCUACUUUGUUACAAAUGGUAUAUUUUCUGUUUUAUUUUGGGUUUUGUCAAACCAGUGGUUUGAAGUCCCAGAAAUCAGUUACAGUUACUUAGAUGAUAAGUAGUACCUUUGAUUGAAAGGAAGAGACAGGAGAUCUGAAUUCUAUAAUGUUUUGAGGUCUCUUUAAAUACUGGAAUUUAAAUCAUGUAUUAUACUGAUCAACCUCUUGUUUUUUAACAAACAGAUUGCUCACAAUCCUCUCAGUCUUUACAAAUAGAAAUGUAUUGUUACAUUAACUUUAACUGGAACUCA